AUGGAGGUUUUCAAAACACUAGCUGUUCUGUUCGUCUUAAGCUACCAGAUUUACGAAACCAUGGCUGUUGAAGAUGGGAUUUCCUCCUUUUCGUAUAAUGGGUUUGUGAAAUUUCGGAGCUUUGACAAGAGUGUUGCUCUGUUCGGAGAUUCGAAGCUCGUUAACGGCGGUCCAUCGAUUCAAUUGACUGACCCAGUGAGUCGGAGCGAAGGGCGAGUCGUUUACAAGAAACCAAUCAAACUAUUCAAAGGUAAAGAGAGAAGCUUCUCCGGAUCAUUCUCGACUCAUUUCUCGUUUCAAAUGUCCUCCAAAGAGAUUGGUAGUGUCCUGGCUUUCGUUAUGGUUCCGAGUGGUUUGGAUCUUAGAUUGUUUGGUAGAAAGGAUAACACAACCUCUGGUUUAGGGUUCUUAUUGCAAAACGAGAUUGUUGCUGUUGAGUUUGGUGUCUCCAAGAGAGGGAAUCGUGUAGGGAUCUUAGUUGGUAGGCCUGAAUCAGCUAGAAUUCGAAAGUUGUCAUCUUUCGGUGGCCAUUUCAAUGGAGAGAAGAGGUUGAACUGUUGGAUCGAUUACGAGGCGAGCUCAAAGAGAGUAGAGGUUCGUUUGAGUGUAUCUACGACCAUUAAGCCGGUUGAUCCAAUUGUCUCUUACACGGUAGACUUGGCUAAAGUAUGGAAAGAUGGGAAGUUCAUGGUGGGUUUGACAUCUACUAAUGGAAACUCUUCGAAGCCGCAUUAUCUCCAUUCAUGGAGCUUUAGACUGAGACAUCCAUCGAUGAGGAUUCACUCGCAGCCACUUGAUCCAAACGCUGUUUCCAAGACGGUUAAGGAGGAGGAGAAGACGGUGGAAGUUAAGAAGGGGAAAAGCAAGUGUGUAUGGAAGAUGCUUGGUGCAUUGGUUAUGGGUGCGGUUUGUGGAACUCUUGGAGCGAUGUUGGCUUUAUACCUUUGGACGGUAUGCGGUAAUAGGCAGUCAAUGGCAGUGGUUCCGGAGGAAUGUGCUAAUGGAAAAUCGGAUGUGGUUGUGAUGAAAGAGGAUGUUGUUCAUGAAGAAGGCAAGAAGUAG